AGGCUGGUAGAACGAGAAGAGCUGCUAUUGGUGGAGAAGCAGGUGACCGGUUACGACACUCGAGGGCGCUGCAUUUUAAAACAGCAAGAGAGCUGAGUGUGCUGGAGGAUUGUAUGACAUACAUAUGAAUAGAAAGAGGAGGUUUCUCCUUGGCACCGUCCUGUCCAUCCAGAAUACGGGCUUUACCUAUCCAGCCUGUCAGAACUGCUUCUCCCGGGUGAUACACACUGCAGACAGCAGAUACCAGUGUCAGAAAUGCAGCGACACAUAUCAGAAUGCCACCCAGCGAUACAGACUAUGUGUGAAAGUGUCCGAGGACCAGAAGCUUCAUAUUAUCACUGUGUUUGGAAGCAGCGUGGAGAAGAUCUUUGGAAGCAGCGCCAAUUCCUUGCACAGGCAUUUGCAGGAGUCCAACCAACCUUCAUGUGAUAUAGAAUGGGACAAGGCUCAGCAAUUGUUGUAUCAGGCAGCAGAGGAUUGUCUCAUUGGCAGAAGCUUCAUAUUUGCUGUGAAGGUUCCAGAUGAUCUGCACAGGGACGGAUCGGGUAACUCGUCACAACUUGUCGCAUGCCAGAUAAUUCCUAUAAACGAUGACCAUGCCGUCAGCAUCCUUAACCGCUACCAUCGUCUGGUGGAGUUCAUAUCCAGCAACAGCAUGAUAAACACCAGACACGAGCUCUCUGCGCAGUCCACUCACAGAGGCUUCUGGGAUUUGACAGACUCUGAGAGCAGCCAUAGUCUUCAUCAAAGUGCGAACCAGUUUGCAGAUUACUGGCAGCAGUCCCUCGGCCUAGCCUCCUCACCCACACUGAACACAUCAGCAGAAACUCCAUCCUGCAGUCCCAGCCAAAGUCAGGCAAACAAGGGAAAGUCUUGUGAGGGGGAACGUAAAUUCAAGGAAGGCGUCGUCCUUGGCCAGGGAAAUGUAAAACCUACAGAUCAUAAAGUCAUUGUUAAAGAUCACCUCGGCAUUCCAAACAGCAGUCCUCUGAGGGUUAAAAGUCCUUUAGCGAAUAUAGUUGAUACAUGUGUCUACAAUCAGUGCCCAUCACCCGCAAACCGCCUAUCCUCGCGGGUGAGCUGCCAGCAUCACCGCCAUCUCCAAAAUGUUUGUAAUUCAAACAGUUACGGGUGCCAAGACUGUUCAGCCUGGCCUGAAGGCGUUUUCCUUCCAAAAGACGCACACAGCUGAAAGCCAUCAAGACAAAAAUGGAACUUGGGAUGAAUUCCCGUUCUCUGAAAGCCUCAGCGAGUUUAUAGCAAGACUGGAGAACUCUGAAGAAGAAAGAUUUAACUUUAGCAUCACAGAGAAUAAUUUUCGAGCCGGCAACAAAAAGGAAGAGUUUUAUGAAGGCCAUUCCAAAACUGCUCAUGACCUCAUUGAAACACCAGGUGCCUUGUCGGCACCAUCCAGUAAGAAAAUCAAAACGCCUACAAAGACCCGAGCACCACACUGCUUGGGGGACUCCGGAUCUAACACCAUUGCAUCAAGAGAGCCUUCUGAAAUUAUUCAAAGGGACGAUCCUAAAGAGGCCUUGGCCAGUUCUGCUUCAGAAAGCCUUCAAGGACUUUUACAGAACCAUUUUAUACCUGACUUCUCGUCAGAAGACUCAGUUGUUAGUAUAGCCAGUUCCGUGAUCUCUCACCACGACACUUUUUUACCGAUGAAUGAAAGCGCACCUUAUAUAGUUACAGAAAGUAAAAGAAACUUUGAAAUAAACACUAUCAAUAAGAAUAUAACCAAGUAUAUCCUUUCUGUAGGGCAUUAUAGCUCUUCUCAUCCUAAAGAGACGGGAGAUGUAGAUCAUGAGAGCAGAUUGGAUCUUGAUCUUUUAAGGUCUGACAACCUGGAAUCAACUAACGCAAGUCCCGGAAGCUACAACGCUUCUGCCGAUCUCUUCGAUGACGUGGAAGAAAUCUCAGGAGAAACACUACAGUCAAAACAUCCAAGAUCCCUCAAAAGAAGACAUGCAAAGGAGGUUAGAAGCUUAAAGACUCCUCCUUCAUGGGAAUCGCCAUGUACAGAUGUCAUAGUUCGAAGAAAUUCCCAAUUCCAGGCCAGUUAUUUGCAGGAAGUUCAUGAAACUGGCACCAUACAGGAUCUGCUGUCAUGCUUGCAGUCCACUCCAAUGCUAAGACCACUUUCAGAGUCCACUUUUCCUACUGGAGAUGGUUGUAUCCUCAGUGACCCCAGAGCACCGGUUCUUUCCAGGAGAUCACGUAAUUCUCUUACAAAUUUUCUGCUGAAGAAAAUGAAACAGUCGCUGUCAAGAACCAGGUCAAACGUGUAUUGCAUGACUUCUGAUAAUUUACGUCUCUGCUCCCCGGUCUUCCCUUCGUUUUCAGAGAUGUCAAGGUGCCAAGUCUUACAGAGGAGAAGGACGCUGGUCAUUAAAUCAGGAAAAAAGAAACUGAUAUGGGAGACAAAGAGAACUGCAAUAUCCGAGGAUUUAUUGGCGUGGCUAAUGAGGAUGGAGGAGACGGAAGCAUUGUGAUCAGUCAGGAAAUGGAGCGGCCCGAAAUUGAUAUAGUGCAAGAUGGAGUAACCACACCUCCAUUGAUGUCCCCCUUGCAUAGGUUUAUUGUAGAGAACCCCCUUCCUAGGAAUGGUCCUCCAGAACUUUUCAAUGAAAAGUCAAAUGUUUCCAAAGAAAAUGACACUCUUCAGAGACGACUGUUUUGAUAGGGGGAGAUGCAUUGUUUUUUGUUAAACUAUACUAUUUAUUAAA